AUGACUGAUGAAAUACCAUAUCGUCGUAUAUCUAUCUGUCGACAAUUAUCUGAUGUUUUAAAAUCUAAACGUAAAUCCUAUAAUGAAUCACAUUCAUCAACAUCAAAAUUUUCUUGGAAUUGUACAUUAAGUACAAUUGAUUCACCCAUAAAUGAACAAUCGAAUAUAUCAUUUGAUGAUCCAGUAGUUAAUGGUCGUUUAAUUAAACAAAAAAGUAUUAGUUAUGAUGAUGUUGUUUUUCUCGCAUCGGAACAAAAUAUAACAACUAAUCAAACAAAACAAAAUGGUGAAAUAAACAAUCGAGCAUUGGCUAAAACAUCUGCUGGUAGAGAAAGAAAAGAAAAACGUAAUUCAACAGGUUCAGCAGUUUUACCAUCGAAUUCCAAAUCAUCAUCAAAACGUUUAUCAACACAUUGUAUGAUGUUAGAUAAUGAUGAUAAUCAAGAUUCGAAAUCAUCUAAUCGAACAACUAAAAUUAGUCGAUCAAGUAUAUUUACAAGUAGUAUAUUUACACGAGAUGCAACUGAUUUAUCAGAACGUUCGGAAAGUAAUCUUUCAUUUGUUCGUCGAAAAUGUGAUGAAUGGUUAACACAUGGUUUACCCAAAUUAGCUCAACUACAAUGUUCUAUUGAUGAAUGUGAUUUAAUCAUUGAAAAAGAAUGGCAACCAUUUUUAACUGAACAAGCUCGAGCACUUAUGUCUGAGGCAACUAAACUUCAACAAGAAGCAAUCUAUGAGCUAUUAUCAACAGAAGUUUCUUAUAUACGUCAGAUUCUAACCAUGACUGAUAUACUUAUGACAAGUAUUAGUAUAUUAAAAUCAUCACAACGUGAUGGUAUAUUCAAUGAUAUUGAUAUGGAAAAAUUAUUUUCAAAUAUACAAGAUGUACUUCAUGGAAAUUUAUUAUUUUGGAAAGAAAUUUUAUUACCAGUUAAAGUUAAACUUAAACAAAAUGGUUUACCAAUGAAUCCGUCAGAUUUUAAAAAUGGAUUUAUUAAUUUUGAUGUUUAUUUCAAACCAUAUUUGAAUUAUGUACUUGAUCAAAAAACUAGUGCAGAAUAUUUUAAACAAAAAUUGUCUCGUGAUGAGUUAUUUCAAUAUUUAAUUAGUUGGAUAGAAGGAAAUUUUACUAAUCGUUUAUCAUUUUCUGAUUUAACUAUUAAACCAUUACAACGAUUAACUCGAUAUAAAUUAUUGCUUGAAGCUAUACAAAAGAAAACACAUGAUACUCAACAAAAAAAUGAUUUACAUGAAAUGAUUCAAAAAGUUGCAACAUUUGUCAAUCGAGUUAAUUCAAAAUUACAUAAUCAAGAACAAGAAGAACGUAUUCGUCAGAUAAGUGAUCGUAUAGGUCCAUAUGAAUAUGUUUCUGCACCACCAGAACUUACUUCUAUCCUUCAGGAGUAUAAUCGUGAUUCAACAUCGAAUCGUUUAGAUCUUCUUCAAGAUAUGCCAUUAUAUGUUCGAGGUCAUCGUCGUCAGAUUAUUCAACAAGGUCCAAUGAAAAUGAAAGAUUCAAAAAAUAGUCAAGAUGUUUAUUGUUAUCUUUUUACCGAUAUGUUUCUUAUCACCAAAGGUGGAAAACGAAGUGGCUCAACAAAUUCUCCAUCAUUACAUAAUGAUAAUCAAUCAAAUCGUUCAGCAUCCAAUAUAUCAAAUAAAAUUCUUAAACCACCAAUACGUAUAGAUCGUUUAGAUGUUCGAGAAUAUGAUCGUCGUGGUGGAAAUAGCACCAAUACUGAACUAAAUACUGCUUCAAUUGUUGCUUUAAUUUUUUCUGAAUAUAAUUUAAUUGAAAGUGCAUAUUUAUUUCAAACAAAUUUAAGUAAACAAUGGAUAGAAAAUAUUCGUACAACAAAAACAAAUUUUCAAUCAUUAAUGGAAGAAUCAAAAUUAAAAUUUCAAACUUUAAAUUCAUCAACCAAUUCUUCAGUAUCAACAAUUGUAAAACAGGAAUCAUUAUCAUCUCCAUCAUCACCAUCCAUUGACUUACCUAUUUUAAAUGUUGAAAAUUCCAAUUCUUCAAAUGAUAAUACUCCUCGACGUUCAUCAAAAGUUGAAUCUGAUGUAUUUAAAAUUGUUGAACAAACACGAAGAAAUUCUCGUACAGAUCGAAAAAAUUUUGGUCGAUAUUUUACAGCUGAUGGUACAAGUACACAUGAAACCAAUUCAUCAACAACUCCAAUUAAACAAAUAUCAUCAUCAUCAGUAACAAUUCUUAAACGUAUGUCAUGGAAUAAUGAACAAUCAAGUGAAAAAACAGAUUCAUCAUUAAUAACCAAUUCAUUUCGCAGUGUACAUAGUUCAAGUGGUGUCAGUUCAACAGGAUCAUUUUUAUUUAGUACUGAUGAAGAUUCAUCAUUAACAACAACAUCAUCCUCAAUACCGUCAAUUGUACCUUCAAUAAAAAAUGAAGAAUUUGAUGGUCAAACUUCAAUAUCAACUGUUAUUGGAAUCGAUGAUCAAACACGACAAAAUCUUUUACAUCAAGAACGAAAUGUAACUUCAGAAGAUUGUCUUGACAAUAAAAAUAGUCAACAAUCAUUUACUCAAUUAUCAUCAUCGAGUACAAGUACAUUAACAUUAAAUAAUCAAACAAUAUUAGAAUCUACAUCAUCUGUGACUGGUCAUAUAACUUCACCGGAAUCUGUUUUUCGUCGAACUCCAUUUGCAAGUGUAAAAAAACGUAAUCAAACUCAUCGUUUACCAUAUCAUCAACAGCUAGGACAUCGUCGACAUCGAAUAUUUGAUGAAAAUGAUAUACAAUCAUCAACACAUACAAUUAUAUAUGAUUCACCAAAAGCAUUUCAUGAACAAAAAUUAAUUCGAACAAUACAUUCAUUAGAUGAUAAUCCAUUAUUUAUUACUAGUGGACAUGAAAGUGAUUAUGAUAAUAAUCGAUCAACAACUAUUCAAAUCCCGGUGAAUAAUUUUUUUCAUUCGAAUGAUUUAUUACGUACAGAUGAUCUUUUAUUGGGUGAUCAAAAUGAAAUUACACUUCAUAAUGAUACUCAUAUUGAAAAUAUUAACAAUCAACAGUCAGAUAUUAUUAGAAUAACAUCAACAAAUUCUUCUAAUAAAACUAAUAUACCAACAUUAAAUGAUAGUACAUCGACAUCAACAAAUCAUCUAGCAUAUCGUAAAGAUUCAUUAACAUCAAGACGAUUAAUUGAUAUUCGAAGUCAUUUAUUAUUAAAUACAACACUUGAUGCAACGGAAGUAUAG